CUUGACUAUAUGUGAAAUGGCCUUUGUCCAACUAUCAUGUUAACAAGGCAGAUAGCACCAUGGCAGAUCCGGACAAAAUUCUAAUACCACCCCCACCAUUGCCUAGCGAUAACUAUUUAUGGCUUCUACGCAUAGAUCACCAAGCGUCGGUGCCUCCAGGGCAUCGUCGGAAAAAAUCAAGGGCAUUCUCAGAGAAUACUAAGCUCGCAGUUGGAAAGAGCUCAGAGCGUCAGAGAUAUUGGGCGUGCGGCAAUACGCUAAUCUAUAUUUGCCAUGUUAUUAAUAGCCCAAGAGGAUAAACAGGCUGAGCUGUGGCAUGACCUUGGGCUCAUAGAGUUUUGUUAAGCUUUAGAUCACGGAAGCAAAGAUGUCUGCAGAACAUAUAGACCUAGCUAUCCUGAUGAAUCCCCCUUCGCUGCUACCUGCCAUAUGGUUACACAUCCUACCCGUACAAUGUGUCGAAUCCACGAUCUUCCUCUAAGGAGUUCUCCUUUUUGGUCGAAUCAGUUAGGAUCCUUCGACACAAUGGAGUUGAGCCACGGCACGGUUUAUUAGUAGGUGAUACAGCACAACCGUAGCUCCGGAUAGCUACCCAUAGCAGAUGCAGCUCGGCUUCAUGCAGAGGUCUGGAUUCCAACAAUUUCCCGAUAGCCUCUGUGCUAAAUGCAAUCCUGCUAUGCCCGAACAGUUCGAUUGUUAUUCGGAUCCUGGAUUUGUCUUUGCGCCUGUUGAUAUCGAUUUCUUCAUUGAUUAUGAGAUGAAGGAUGGAGAAUACAGGAAAUCCGCGGCUGACCAAGGGUUACCCCGAAAGCGAGCGGUUCCCACGUCUGAGGAAUAUAAGAAAUAUUAAGUCGACAAAGGCUUAAUCAGUGCUGAAGCUAAGGGUGGUCUAUACCUUCCUCUAUUUCUGAAAUCCUAUCUUCUUCGCGAUCGGCUUGAGUUCGAUAUUAGGCCAAUGCUAUCAAAGCCUACAGUCUGGCACGGCGCCCCCUUGGCUUGCCUCAGACGAUGCUUUCUAUAUCUAGGAUCCCUGCGUUUGGGAUCUGUAAACAAGGCAGUCUUCGUCAAGCUUCGGAAAUUGUUCGACCUUUAUUUCUUCGAAGAUGAAGAUUCCUCUCCUUUGAGAAACCAACUAUCCGAUUAGUCGGAAAGAAACGAGAGUUUACCGAGGUCUCGCCAGGAGGCUCCAGCGAGAGGUGCGUGCAUACUGGAGCCUAGGACCAGACGGAGGAAGCAGUGCAUCAAUUUGCACCGUUACUAAUUCGAUCGGUUAAUUCUGCGCGUGUCUCAGUCUGCUUUAUACGUUAUUAUUUUUAUUCUCCGCGCCUAUGCUAGUUUAUACUGUAUGUUAACCGCGUAUUCAUCAGAUCCAGAGAAGUUGUUUUAAACUAGAAUUAUUUCCUAGUUCCUACCUAACCAUGGAAAGA